CACGAGUCACGACGAGCCGGGGCUUGUCCGGUGGGGGAAGAGAGAGAGAGACGAGGCGCGGAGAGGAGAGAGAUCAUCCAAAACCCCAAUCCCCGCAGCCACCACCGACGCCAGAGCCCCGCGAGGCCACCGCCACCUCCGCCACCUGCCGCCGCUGCACUCUGCAACGCCCGGAUUCGCCGUUGCUCCAGGUUUCCGCCGUUUGUCUCCCGAGAGGAAUGAAGAGCCGCAUGCUGUGCCGGAACGCUCUUCGCUUCUCGUGAUUAUGCUCCCGGGUCAGAUAAUUUAGGAUCUCGUUGUGCUCGGCGAGAUAUCCUGGUUCGAGGGGGCAAGAUGAGUAGCAGGACAGAGAGUGAGAAGGGUUCCGAGCGAGACGCGAGUUUGACAGCUGCUCGCACGAGGCCUCUGAGCAUUCAGGAAAUCUUGCUGCGACGUGAGAAGAAGGCUGCUGCAGAAGCUAAGAAGACCAAAGAGCUCCAAGGCAAUGAUACCAGUAAACCUAAUCACUUGGAAUCAGGAAGAGGACACAAAAGCAGAAAGGAACUCAAAGAUGCAUCUGUGGAGGGUUCCAAAAAGGAGAGCAUUAGAGAUACACCAAGGGAGGACCAGAAUAAGGAUGAUGUGAGGCGUACGUCCAAGGAAGGGAGCAAGAAGGAAAACAUGAGAUAUGCACCAAAGGAGGUCUCCAAGAAGGAGAACUUGAAAGAUAGGCGAAAAGACGGUUCCAAGAUGGAUGACUUAAAAGAUACACCAAAGGUUACAAGGAAGGAUGACCAAAGAGACGCACCAAAGAAGGGCUCCAAGAAAUUGAAGUCCACCAUAAGAAACGAUAGUCAGUCAGCUGGUAAAGACGAAGUCACUCAUGGUUCACAAAAAACUAGCACAAGCAUGAGAGGCCUGGCUGAUGAAAGCAAAGAUGCAAACCAUGGUAGAACCAGAGCAAGAAAUGCUCAUACAAUAGGAUAUGAGUCUCUAAAGGGACCUGGGAAAAGAUGGAAUGGUGAAACUGUUGACAAUGAUAGAAUCAAGGAGAAGAGCGAGAAGCCGCGGAAUGAGACAAAGAGGAAAUUCCAUGGUUUUGAUGAUCAGAUUGAGAAGAGUCAAGAUCUUGAUCGACCGGUGCUGAAGAAGCAUGAUUUUGCGCGAUUCCGGGACUCCAGACACUCUGAUAGAAAUGAUGGGAGGAAAGAGUAUGGAAAACCAUAUGAUGAAGAGCCCAGGUCAAAAAGGAGAAGGUCAAGAAGCAGGGAUCAUGAUCGAGAAAGACGUGACAGAUCUGUCUCACUAUCCCCAAGGGAACAAAGGCGUAGCUACCGUGGACAUGAUCAUGACAAUUAUCCUCCAGGUAGGAAGUAUGCUGAAACCGACAGGUUUAGGACAUCUGGGAAUGGUGGACACAAUGAUGGGUCUUACCGGCGAUAUGAAAGUCGGCUUGGUGGCUACUCACCAAGGAAAAGGAAGACAGCGCCACAAGAUGAACAAAUGACUGCCAAGACUUCUUUUCCAGUCGUUCGAUCCCCAGAAAGGAAAUCAGCAACGUGGGAUCAGGGUCCUGCAAAAGCAGACCAAUCUAAUUUCUUUACUAGUUUGCAGCCAAUUGUUAGUCAAAUGACCUCUUCUGUUUCGGUCAGUUCUAGUGCACCAAAGCAGAACUCUGCCACCACGCUUGAGACUAUAUUGUCAGGGAAUAGUUCGUCUAUCGAUUCUGUCCAGCUAACACAAGCAACACGCCCACUCAGGAGGCUGCACAUUGAGAAUUUACCUAGUUCAGCGUCAGAGGAUAUGUUGAUUGGUUGCUUGAAUGACUUCUUUCUGUCAUCUGAUGUUAACCAUAUCCAGAAGUCUAAACAACCAUGUCUUAGUUGUACGAUAAACAAGGAAAAACACCAGGCCUUUGUUGAAUUUCUUACACCAGAGGAUGCUACAGCAGCACUUUCUUUUGAUGGAAGAUCUUUCAAUGGGUCUGCUUUGAAAAUUAGACGCCCCAAAGAAUAUAUUGAAAUGGCAAAUGUUGUUCCAAAGAAGACCGUUGAAGAGAUUAAAUUAGCAUCUGAUGUUGCAGAUUCACCGCACAAGAUUUUCGUUGCUGGUAUUUCUGGUGUUAUUUCAUCUGAGAUGCUCAUGGAAAUUGUUAGUUCUUUUGGCCAGUUGGCUGCAUACCGCUUUCAAGAUCAUGAGGCCCUCAGUGGGCGAUGUGCAUUUCUUGAGUACAUCGAUCACUCCAUUACAGACAAGGCAUGUGCUGGCCUCAAUGGAAUGAAGCUUGGUGGGUGCAUCCUAACUGCUGUUCAGGUGUUUCCUAAUCCUCUCGAGGCUUGCAAUGAAGCUUCCCCAUUUUAUAGUAUUCCUGACAGUGCCAAAAUGCUUCUUGAAGCACCAACAGAAGUCCUGCAGCUAAAAAAUGUGUUUGACCGAGAAGAGUAUUUGCUACUUUCAAAAUCUGAGCUGGAGGAAAUAAUGGAAGACAUACGCAUGGAGUGUGCAAGAUUUGGAGCAGUCAAAUCCAUAAAUAUUGUAGAGUAUCCUGCUAGCAGUGACAGUACUCUACAGGAUAUCAUCGUUGAGCCCAAAGAUGGACCAGUAAAGCUUGAGCCCACUGAACAUUGUGCGGAGAUUGUAACAGAAUGCUCUUCACCAAGUAAGAGUAUAUCAGUGCCUGGUCAUUCUGAUCCUGCAGAAACUAAAGAUGUAGACCACCCUAGUUCUGAGAGCCAGGAACACAAAGAGCUUGACACACUUUGUGAAUGUGAUGUGCCUGCAGCGGUAGAUCAGUAUACUGACCUAGAUCACAUCCAUGCUACAGCUGCUGACCCUGCAUUGGAUCAACAUAUGGAGGCUGAUCAUAUGGAUUCCAAGCAAGCCGUCCACAUGGAUUCCACACAAGCUGAUCAUCAUGCUACUACAGUAGAUGAUGAUAGUGCAGUAGGACAUGCAGGCCCAAGAACAUUGGAGAUCUGUAGUUCUACCACACCAGGAGAUGUAGUGGACACAUCCGAAAGGGAGAAUCAGCAACAAGGCACUAAUGACGUGAGUGAAAGUGGUGCGGAACAAUUACCUGAAGCUGGCACCAGAGACGAUGCAUUGGUUUCAGGCACCAUCAUGCUGGAAGCUGGCUCUAUACUGGUAGAGUUCAUGCGGAAGGAGGCUGCAUGCAUGGCCGCACAUUCUUUACAUGGACGGAGUUUCGGCGACAGGUCCUUGUCUGCUGGAUAUGCCCCGCAUGAUCUCUACUUGCAGAUGUAUCCGAGGUGAUUUCUGCUGUGAUGAGAUCCUGAUGUUCCGAUGACACCUGAAGCUUGCGUAAGGCCUUGUAGUUCUGAGCUUCUGGGUGAGUAGGUUAAUUGUCAGUCAAGUAGAUUUCAAUCAGGAUGAUGUACUGUUAGUUGGGAGGAAAUCUAGGAGAUCCAUAGGACUAGCCCUUUUGGGCUGAAAACAAUAGAAUACCAGUGAUCAUAAACAUUUUGUUCUUAAGUUGCUACAUGUGUUUUUGCAAUGAGGGGAAAGAACCUAAACACUUUAAUCGUUGUUGACUA